GGCUCUUACAAUGGAAGUGCAAAGAAAAAGAGAUCACUACAACAACGAAAAUAGAUAGAGAUCACGGUUUUUUUGGUGUGAUCUUUCGCUUUUAAUCCCGGUUUCAGAAUUGUGAUCUACACAGGAGAGAGAGAGAGAGAGAGAGAGAGAGAGAGAGAGAGAGAGAGAGAGAGAGAGAGAGAGAGAGAGAGAGAGAGAGAGAGAGAGAGAGAGAGAGAGAGAGAGAGAGAGAGAGAUGAAGUACUCAAGAUACAUGAACUUGUUGAUUGUUGUCACAGUGGUGGUGUUAGGAAUUGUGGGAGAUUGUCAUGGAGAUGAGUUGAAAAGGUGCUUUUACGAAAAGAGUUGUCCCUUAGCCGAGGAGAUUGUUCAGAACAUAACAUGGAAGCAUGUGGCUGCCAAUCCUGCAUUGCCAGCCAAGUUCCUGAGGAUGCAUUUCCACGAUUGUUUUGUCAGGGGUUGUGAUGGCUCUGUGUUGGUGGACUCAACACCAGAUAAUCAAGCUGAGAAGGCUGCAAUCCCAAACCUUUCACUUGCAGGAUUUGAUGUUAUUGAUGAAAUCAAAACCCAACUAGAGAACGCCUGUCCUGGCAAAGUUUCUUGUGCAGAUAUAGUUGCUUUGGCUGCUAGAGACUCAGUUUCCUUCCAAUUCAAGAAAUCAUUGUGGGAGGUGUACACUGGAAGAAGGGAUGGAAACAUUUCGCGCGCUUCGGAGGCAUUGGCCAACAUCCCUUCACCAUUUUCCAACUUCACCACCCUUCAACAAGACUUUGCAAACAAAAAUCUCUCACUUCAUGAUCUUGUUGUGCUAUCAGGUGCACAUACAAUUGGGGUUGGACACUGCAAUCUAUUCAGCAACAGACUCUACAACUUCACCGGAAAAGGCGAUUCCGAUCCCUCUCUGAACUCAACCUACGCCGCUUUCCUCAGGACAAAAUGCAAGAGCCUUUCGGACACCACAACCACAGUGGAAAUGGAUCCGGGGAGCAGCCUAACUUUCGACAGCCAUUACUACAGCAAUUUGAAGCUAAAGGACGGUCUUUUCCAGUCUGAUGCUGCACUCCUCACUAACCAUGACGCUAGCGAUCUCGUUGACAAGUUGCUCGUAAACGAGGAAUUUUUCGCGAAGUUUGGUGAGUCGAUGAAGCGGAUGGGUGCAGUUGGAGUGCUUACGGGUGAUUCAGGAAAUAUAAGGAAGAAAUGUACUGUUUUGGUGUCGGUCUUUCGGAUUUGCUUCGAAAUCUCGUUUCGGUUUGUUGUCGCUUUAUGUGGAGUUAUGGGUUUUGAGUUAGGUUUUCCUCAAAAUUUUACUAUUUUGGUAGGAGUACAUGUCUUGCGGGCCGUCCUUUUUCUCGGUGGUCUGGGAUGGCUUAUGCCGGAGAGAGAGAGAGAGAGAGAGAGAGAGAUGAAGUACUCCACAUUCAUGAACUUGUUCAAUAAUAUUGUUGUUAUAGUGGUGUUGUUAGGAAUUGUGGGAGUUUGUCAUGGGGAUGGGGAUGGGUUGAGCAAUAACUUUUACAAAAAGAGUUGUCCCUUAGCCGAGCAAAUUGUUCAGAACAUAACAUGGACAAAUGUGGCUUCCAGCCCAUUUUUGCCUGCCCAGUUGCUAAGGCUUGCAUUCCAUGACUGUAUUGUUAGGGGUUGUGAGGCCUCAAUAUUGUUGGAUUCUACAGCAAAUAACACAGCUGAGAAGGCUGCACCUCCAAACCUUUCACUGGGAGGAUUUAACCUCAUUGAUGCAAUAAAGACCCAACUAGAGAUUAACUGUCCUGGCAUUGUUUCUUGUGCCGAUAUAGUCGCUUUGGCUGCCAGAGAUGCGGUUUCCUUCCAAUACAAUGAAAGCUUGUGGGAGGUGGAGACGGGAAGAAGAGAUGGGACCGUUUCGCUUGAGUCGGAGGCCCUGGCCGAACUCCCUUCGCCAUUCGCCAAUUUCGCCAACCUCAAACAAGCUUUUGCCGCCAAAGGUCUCUCAUCUAAAGAUCUCGUUGUGCUCUCAGGUGCACAUAGCAUUGGAAUUGGAAACUGCCAAUUUUUCAGCAACAGGCUAUACAAUUUCGACGGGACAAACGGCUCCGAUCCCUCUCUGAACUCAACCUAUGCAGCUUUCCUCAGAACAAAAUGCAAGGGCCCUGCGGACACCACGACCAACGUACCCAUGGACCCGGGGAACGGUCCAAGUUUCGACAACCAUUACUACACCAUCUUGAUGCAAAACGAAGGUCUCUUCCAGUCCGAUGCUGCGCUCCUCACAGACAAGAGUGCGAGCAAUGAUGUUUAUGAGAUGGGCACGAUUACAAACCAGGAGUUUUUCAAAUAUUUCGGUCAUUCGAUGAAGCAACUGGGCGCGGUUGGAGUGCUGACGGGGAGUUCAGGAGAGAUAAGGAAGAUAUGCAGCGCGAUUAAUAGUUGAUUUUUUCUCAAAUCGAAUUCGAAUUUUGGAAAAGAGAUCGUCGGAGGAGAUGAGCUGGAGCCCCUCUUCUUU